UAUCUGCCUGUGUACUUCUCUUUCUCUCUCUUCUUUUUUCAGAAAAUGAAGUACUUAUCAUUGUCAAGUACGUUUAAAGCCAGAUACACUGCUAAACGCAUGCAUACAUAUUAAAAUGCCCCUUUCGACAGUUCACGAGCUGGGCGAUAAUCCUGCCAUACUUAAAAAUGAAACAGCAUCGAGAUGAAACUGAGAUCAGAAAGGCCAAUCAUAUCCGGCGGCAUCUUCUCAGCAUAUCACUAAGAUGUUAAAUGCCGUGCCCGUUGGCGGAAAUGACAUUUUUCAAGUUCUGCAGAAUAUUUUGCUAUACUAGGGCUCAGUAUCCAUCUCGCAUCUCUCUUUUAAAUCGUAAUCAACCCUCUACAGGACUGCCAGAGCAAGAGGAUGUAAAAGGGAAAAUAUGGAUGAUUACGUCGAUGAAAACGAUCAUCAUCAUGUGUUAAAGGCAGUACAGUGAGAAAGUGCAGAAAGGCAUAUAGCAAAGGGAAAUAAAAAAGAGACUGAAAUAGCCGACCAUGAAACAUGAAGAGAAGGAAGAAUUUUGAAAAAAAAAGAAGAAGCGGAGUCAGUAGAGCGGAUGCAAGCACAAUGUAAGGGCACUCAAAAAACGAGAAACGAAACUAUAUUCAACCCACAUAACAAAGAAACACAAACAUCUUCAAAUCGAUGACACAGGUCGUAGUAAACAUGAACAGAGUGCAUGGAUAACGAUGAAAAAAUGAGGUAAAAAGCAAUUUGAAGGUAUUGAUGAAAAGACAGCAAGGAGCAACAGCGACAGAUGAUGAGGAGGAGGAGGAUGACGACGACGACGACGAUGAUGAUGAUGAUGAGGAUGGAUUUUCCCUCGCCCACUUCUCCUGAACAGCUAGAAGAAAAAUCCCUACUUUUUCAUGAAAGUUAUCACAUUAAAUCAGCCGGCCCACUAGCCCACGAACUUAAGGAGCAAAGCUGCGUGUAUUCCGUGUUCCCUUAAUUACACCGGAAGACGCAUUUGGUGAGAUACGGUCGCGAGUGUGAUGUCCGUUGCCAGCAGACAAAGCGCUGUACAACUGUGUACACAGAGCUUGGGAACUGCCAAUCCUCGUGCCGACUAGUGUGUCUGGCUUGCUGAUCCACUCAAGCCAAGUCUGGAAUCAUGACAGCACCCAUGGCAGUGGUCGGGUUAGCUCUUAUUACUGCUUUUCCAGCAUCUGUCUCAAUCCCAGUCCCAGCUCUACAAGGUGUCGAAGUAAAAAAAAUUUCGAGCAAUUCUUUUCUGGUGCUUUGGAAAAAGCCCGAAAAUGUCUCUUUGGAGACCUGGAAGAACUUCACCUACUACCUAAGAAUUAGUCCCAAGAAGACCACCUCCCCUGUAGUCGAAUACGUCCUCGAUACAGAAGGCAACUCGACAUGGAAGGAGUUCUGCCUGCAGGAAGCAGACGCCACGUUGCAAAUAACGUAUUGCCAAGGAAGACAGUGUGAAAACACUAGCGUUCUGCGGAACAUCAGUUUCACAGAAGAAAGUAACUGGUUCUCAGAGCUGAAAAUAAUUCUGAGCCAGAAGCAGCCCUAUGUAGCUAUAGGAGCUGGCAUCGCACUGGCAAUCUCUCUCUUUGUAGCUGUCAUCUUCAUCUGCUGCCGCUACAAACGAACAAGUGGCUCCCUCAACAAGCGUGACAGCAACUUCUCCCUGGACAGUGAGACCAACGUUCAGGCUGUACAGUUCACCGAGCGUGGCCGAGCGUGGAUCGUGCUGCGCCUUCACCGGAGUCCAUCAGCUCCGCGGCGCCGCCUGCUGUCCCCGACACUCUUGAUGAGUCGCAGAGAGGCGGCGAGACGGCGCAGCAGCCAAGUGGUCCUCAGUCGCUGUCUGCGCACACACUUCGUCCUCUUCCUCCUCCACCCGCAGACGUCCGCACCAGCAGCGAGCUCACGCACCCGUCUAAUGUCACCUCCGGAGCAACGCUCUUUGACAAAACGCCACCUCCGCUCCUGCCAGCAAAAUCGCACGAGAACACUUUCUUCGCCACCUUGCCGCGCGUGUCCGACUCCACCUCGACGUGGCAAACGACUCCAACUGCGUCCCCGGCCACGCUGGACAGUUUGGCGACCCGUCCACCUGCAGACUUGCCUCGGCUUCCUUCCGCCACUCUGCCGCGUCCAGCUGGCACCAAGCACUCGCAAGACUUUUUUGACCGCCUGGACAGGCGACCGCCUGCUCCCUUGCCGCCCGAGGCUGCGGCGCCGCCACCAUUGCCGCCGUGGUCGUCUGGGGUCGUUGUGUCACGUCUGAACAAAGGUGCGCUGCCUCCGGCCAGGACACCGCCACCCGCCACGGCAGCGGCGCGAAUCUUCUUCGAUACCGCGCGGUGUGAGCGCGACGCGGCACCGGCCUUGUCGCCCGCUGUCAUGUCCACCGCCACGCUGCCGCGCCGAAAAGACCAUGCGAUGCUGCGUCAGAAAGCACCGCUGCCUCCACUCGCAGGCACCCUACCUCACAUGAACCGGAAGAUGUUAAACCGACCGUUGCCGCCGGUACCUGCGGAAUGAAAGCGUGCAUGACCGUUCGGAAACAAAGCUAACGACUGACUAGAACUUGCCUCGUCCACAACAGGCUGAAAAGCUGGAUCGCUACCCAAGUGCACUCUGGAAAACAAUUACCUGCAAGAUUAAAGUUUAUUCAGUAUUAUUAUUAUUCGCGAUAGGCAGUGAUCGAGCUGUACUGUAACGAAACGUUACACAAUACAAGCGAUAGAAAUAAAACCCUUAAUGUACUUUUA